UAAAUCUCAAUGGAGAACAAUCAUCAUUAUCAUGGGAAUAUUUAGUAUUUUUAUUAUAAACAAAGCUGGGGGAUUGAUUUUUCAAUAUGAUCACUACACACAGAGGCCAGAAGUAGAGAAAACUUUCAGUUUUCCACUAGAGCUUGUUCUUAAACAACACGAUGAGAAACUGGUCGUAGCAUUUGGUGAAAGGGAUGGAAUCAAAGUGGGACAUACACUUUUGGCAAUAAAUGGAGUGCCUGUGGAAGGAAGGUUUCUUCAAAGUGAUGGAAAAGAUGCCAUGGAAAUCAUAAAUUCCCCCCAGAAUUACCCAAUCAACCUUAAGUUUGGUCGGACAAAGCUCACCACCAACGAGCGAAUUAUGCUGGGCAGUAUGUUUCAUUCAUUGUUUGCCAUUGGCUCCCAGCUAUCCCCUGAGCCCCACUCCUCGGGCAUUGAAGUCCUGGAAACAGAUGGAUUUAAAUUACACUGCUACCAGACAAUGACAGGAAUCAAAUUUAUUGCCCUAACAGACCCACGACAAGGAGGGGUUGAUAUAUUGUUACGGAAGCUGUAUGAGGUGUUUUCUGACUUUGCCCUAAAAAACCCAUUCUAUUCUGUAGAUAUGCCAGUACGAUGUGAUUUAUUUGAUACAAACCUACAACAAGUUAUAGAAGCUUGUGAAAAGCAAGGGGCCAGUAAUAUAUAAAGACUCUGCCAACAUUGGAAGGAAACAGCAGCCCCUCAUAGAACCAGACACCAGUAAUUGACCCAGCUUCACUCGUGCGGAAUAUUCUGUAUACGUGUGCUGAUUGUGAUGUGGACUAUGUUAUCUUGUGCAAUAAAUAUUUGUAUUUGUUUUAAACAGUAAAUAAUAUUAUAUAAUUUA